AUGGCGAUCACAGCCCGCCCUCGUCGAUCCACAGCUCGCACCGUCUCAUAUAUCAACCUUUUCGCACCUGCAUCAACUUCAGGUUCGUCAUCAUCGUCGUCUGGAGAUUCAGACAGCGACGAAGAGGGCGAGGGGUCAAGUGGGGGUCACGACGCGUCGGAUCGCAAGCCGAGUGCGAGCACCAGCAAGGGCAAGAGCUCUGCCAAGAAGGCAGGCAAGAGCGAGGCGAAGUCCAAAAGGAAGGGAAAAGGACGUGCAGCUUCGUCGGACGAAGACAGUGGAUCGGUGUUUGGGAGCUCGGACGCAGCGGAGGAGGAGGCCGCUGACGAUGACGACGAGGUGGAUGAACUGCUCGAAGCAUCCGACGACGACGAUGCAGGCUCUGAACCUGAAAGAUCGGAUGCUGGGUCGACCGAUCGCGAUGCCAAUGCAGGACCGGCAGUCAAGAUGCAUCGCAAGGUGCUGAAACCGACAGCCGCAAGGAGGAGAUCUUCGGGCAAACACACCAAAACCCGUACCGACCACGUCCACUCAAGACGAGCUCAGCCACCGAGGCAGAAGCAAAGGAGAUUGUUGGACCCGAAUUGGAUCACUAUCGGUGCGAGUUACGAACCACCGUAUCGAGCACUUGACGAAGGCACCGACAGUUCGCCUUGGACGAUUCGUGAUGAGGGAGAAACGACCGAGACGAUCGAUGAUGAGGCACAGUCCAAGUUCAUGGAGGCGUGGGCGAUGCACCCUUUCGGCAUUCACAAAUCAUUGCUCCGUGAUAAUGCAUGGGAGAAGGGCAAGUGGACCGCAACGGGCAUGUCGCCCAAGUGGGGCGGCUGGUACGACUCUAAACCCUCCACUUCGGUCCUUUCCGCGGAGUAAGGCCUGAACACGUCUACAGCCGGAGGGUGGCUUGCUCACCAAUCGUCCGCAUUGACUUCUCACAGAGAGUGCACUGCAUACCUUCCUACUCUCGUCUAUCCCUCCCGACCGACCAAAGUCUACCUCGGCGAAGAACUGGCUGCCGAGGUCGACCACCAUAGCGAAGCAAAUUCAGCUGCGAUGCCAGUCGAUGAGGAUGAAGGGGAGGCUGGAGAUGAUCAUGAGCUAGAAGAAGGAAUCAAGAUCUGGGCUGGACCUUUGUUUGACGAGAAUGAGCAGCAGCUUGUCCACUUGAAGCGCUUCGAAACGCAUCGGCUGGGUACGUCGGGCUGCGACUAGGACGUGGACGCGCCAAGAAAGGUGUGACACCGCUGAUGGCUCUCAUUGAUUGAUAUCUAACAACAGACGAAUACCUUCCAAACAAACCUGGCCACAUGUUGAACGCUGGGGGCCCAGUCUCGGGCCUUGUUUGGUGUCCACGCCCCGACCCCGCCCCAUGCACAGGUUGGUCGGUCGAGCGAAACAGGGCAUGAUGCAGCCAACUCAUCAAAAGGUCUUCCAACAGAAUACCUUGCCGUCUCGUGCUUCUGCUCGGCCGAAGCGACACUGAAGAUGACCAAAGUGCCCGGUCCGACGAUGAUUCAAAUCUGGUCUCUUGAUACGUCCGAUCCCAGCGAUAUUUCGCUGGUUACCUCAUCGUCAGCCGAGGCUCAAAUGAAGUUUGAGAUGGCACUUUGCGUCGAUCAAGGGGAUGCAUGGGAACUCAAGUGGUGCCCUCGGGGAGGCGAUCGAACGAAGCUGAUGGAUCACGAUGAGACCGAAGAGAGCCUGGGUUUGCUCGGCGGUGUUUUCGAAGACGGAAGUGUGGCCGUGUUCACUGUGCCUAAUCCAGUCGAGGCGAGAAAACAACACAAGAUUAUGAAUGACGAUACACUCUACUGUGAGUCCUCAAACUCAUCGACCCAUCCGUAACGCUCGUACUAACCGUGUUUUCCUUGUACGCAGUGGCAGCCAAGCCGACACUGAGGAUGGAACUGCCCGAUACGAAGUGCACUUGCUUUGACUGGGCAAGCUACGAGACUAUUGUCGCCGGGUGCAACAAUGGCUGGGUUGCCGUGUGGUCCGUCGGUGAUGCGCUGCGAUCUGGUGGCAAAAUCCAAAGUGAGUGCGAGCCAAGUUGAGCAAGUUGAGCGUUGACGCUGUGAGUGUCCAGCUAAUGAUCUUCCUCGCUGUCACAGCGGCGCGGCCGACUCAUUACUUCAACGUCCACUUUGCCAUUAUCCGAUCAAUUGCCGUCAUCCGAGUGCCCCCGCUUUCCACCGCACUCGAUGGUACGUUGGAUCUCGACGGCGAGCCGACGAUCAUCGCCACGACGGGGUACGAUGGAAGCGUCUUCAAGACCGAUCUACGCGAUCUGUCCUCGGUCUCUCUAAUGCAUCACGAGCGAAGUGAGUCGGAGUCGGUGGGAUGUUGAAGUAUUUUGCCUCGGCCGAGAAAAGAACUGACUUCGUUGGCUUCCCACGGCGACCACAGGCACGGGAAUCGCGCUCGCCUACUGUUCGCAAUCAGGUUUGUUGCUCAGCGAUGAUCCUGAAGCCCGCGUGCGUGGUUCGGUGCUCAAGCCCAACAAGUCGGCGGCAAGGGUGUGGCUCUCGGCCCAUACUGGCCCAAUCUGGGUGAGGAUAAUUUACGCGCUCGUUUGCCUGGAUAAGGCAUUGGCGAUCCAGCCUGGCUAACUACUCUUCUGCUGGUCGUUUAUAUCAGUCAAUCGCCUCCUCUCCACAUCACCCUUUCGCAGCCUCAGCUAGUGCCGAUGGUUGUUUAAUCAUUGCCAACACGAUCCGACCCAACCGUGAUCGAGUCGUCAAAGUCAGUUCAGUCUCCAAUUGGCUCUCUCAUCUAAAGCCCUCAAAAGACUAACCUCCUAAAGUCUCCGUUUUCCUCUCUACCGCUUCCAAAACGACAGGGCAAUUACGCCCAAAAAAUCUACCGCCUGGACUUCCACCGUAAAUUGGGCGAGUAUCGCAUGAUCGACAACAUGUUACCCGAAGCUCGACCGACGGCCGAUUCAAAGGGGAAGAUUAUGUUCCGAGGAUCGAUGUCGACGGCGUCAUGGUCGCCUGAAGUAGGGAUUGCUAGGGUCGCUUGGCAUCCAGCUUUGGAUCGGUGUGCUUUGUUGGCGAGUGGGACGAUGUGUGGGUUAGUUAGAGUCGAUUGGUGCGAAGGUGGGAAAGGGGUGGCUUGA